AUGACGUUCUGCUCGUUCUGCAAGGGCACCCCCUUGCCUGCUGCAGUUCUGAUUGGCUGUCAAUCUAAAUCUCCCAUUGUCAGAGCCAAUAACCAGAACCUCAGCUUCAUUCUACUGACCUCUCUCAUGUUCAGCUUACUCUGUGUGUUUCUAUUCAUCGGUCGUCCAGUGGAUAUAACCUGCACGCUACGACAAAUCUGCUUUGGGAUCUUCUUUACAGUUGCUGUGUCUUCUGUCCUGGCCAAGACCAUCAUAGUCUGCAUAGCAUUCAAGGCCACCAGACCUGACAGCUCCUGGAGAAAGUGUAUGGGAGUUAAGCUUCCUUAUUCUGUAGUGUUGGUCUGUUCAUCUAUUCAGGUCCUCAAUGCAAUUAUCUGGUUGUCAGUUUCUCCUCCAUAUCAAGAACUAAACCUGGAUUAUCCUGGGAAGAUCAUCCUCCAGUGUAAUGAAGGUUCUGUCUUGGCUUUUUACCUCAUGUUGGGUUAUAUGGGGUUUCUGGCGGCUUUGAGUUUCGUUCUGGCUUUUAUGGUGAGGACAUUACCUGACAUCUAUAAUGAAGCCAAGUUCAUCACCUUCAGCAUGCUGGUGUUCUGCAGUGUCUGGAUCUGCGCCAUCCCAGCCUAUCUGAGCAGUACAGGAAAGCACAUGGUCAUCGUAGAGAUAUUUGCCAUAUUGUCCUCAGGAGGUGGAAUAUUGAGCUGCAUGUUUUUACCUAAAUGUUAUAAUAUUCUGGAACCAACCCAUCCAUUCCGGGUAGGCGACCAGGUGAUGAUCAAGAUCUUAAAGAAGAGAAAGGAACCAGGAAGCUUCACCUACGGACCACCCACCGAGGUAGUCGCGAUCACCAGAACAGCAGUCCUCACUGAACAGUCGCCCACGUGGAUCCACGCCACAAGGAUUAAGUUGGUGAAGAAAAGAGAGGAAGGAUUGAGCAUGUUGCAGAGUAAGGACUGCUUUGAUGUAAUGGCCGCACCUGCUGUUCAGACGAUGGAAGCUACCAUGCUUUAA